CGGCCCUGGUCCUCGCUGUUUUUGUAUCUGCUUUAGAGCGCAUUCAACCGCCAAGUAAGUUACGUUUUGCUAUGUCACGCCGAAGAAGUUUCAGACCAGUUUAUUUUUAGCAAACUUGAUUCGUGAGAACACUGAAACACAUGCUGCCGUGUACGCGAUCUGAAGCGAGUCUGUGUCGCGCUUUUUAAGGAGGAAUUUUAGGUAAUUUGUGAACCGUUAUUACUGUAAAGCUAACCGUGAAGUGAAGCCAGGAGCCUCAUGUUUUCGUUAAGCCAAGAGGAGCACUGCGCCCCAUCCAUAGACCUAGUGAAAUACGGAGAGCUGGUGGUUCUGGGGUACAAUGGCUCCCUGCCCAACGGAGAUCGCGGUAGACGGAAAAGCAGAUUUGCUCUAUACAAGAGAAUCAAACCCAAUGGUGUAUCACCAAGCACUGUGCACGUCCUCAACACACCCCAGGCCACCAAGGCUGUGAGCUGUAAAGGUCAGCACAGUAUCUCCUACACGCUAUCGAGGAACCACACCGUAGUGGUAGAGUACAGCCAUGAUAAAGACACAGAUAUGUUUCAGAUUGGGCGUUCUACUGAGAGUCCCAUAGACUUUGUGGUGACUGAUACAAUAGCAGGGGGUCAGGAGGGUGAAGAGACUCUUAUCACGCAGAGUACCAUCUCUCGUUUUGCCUGCCGAAUUGUCUGCGAACGCACCCCCCCCUACACCGCUCGCAUCUAUGCAGCCGGAUUUGAUACGUCCAAAAACAUCUUCCUUGGGGAAAAAGCUGCAAAAUGGAAAAACCCUGAUGGUCACAUGGACGGCUUAACAACCAAUGGUGUGCUGGUAAUGCACCCUAAGGGGGGAUUCACUGAGGAGUCCAAGCCCGGCGUGUGGAGAGAGAUCUCUGUUUGUGGGGAUGUUUACACGUUGAGAGAGACCCGCUCAGCACAGACCCCAGGCAAACUGGUGGAGAAUGAGAGCAAUAUUCUACAGGACGGCUCCCUGGUGGAUCUGUGUGGAGCAACGUUGCUGUGGCGCACUGCUGAAGGCCUCUUCCACACUCCCACGCAAAAGCACCUGGAGGCACUCAGGCAGGAGAUCAAUGCAGCGCGCCCCCAGUGCCCUGUGGGUCUCAAUACCCUCGCCUUCCCCAGCAUGCACCGGAGUCGUGCCCUUUCAUCUCUGGAAGACAAGCAGCCUUGGGUGUACUUGGCGUGCGGUCACGUGCACGGUUACCACAACUGGGGCCACCGUUCGGAGCAGGAGGCCAACACUGAGCGAGAGUGUCCCAUGUGCCGGGUGGUGGGGCCCUACGUGCCACUGUGGCUGGGCUGCGAGCCGGCCUUCUACGUGGACACAGGUGCACCCACAUACGCCUUCGUGCCAUGCGGACAUGUGUGUUCAGAGAAGUCGGUCAAGUACUGGUCAGAGAUCCCUCUGCCCCACGGCACUCACGCCUUCCACGCAGCCUGCCCCUUUUGCGCCACCCAACUUGGCCCAACUCAGGGCUAUUCCAAGCUAAUCUUCCAGGGUCCGGUGGACUGAGUUUAAGGGGUCUUGCUCUGGCAGAGGAGAUUAAACAGGAAUGCUGACAUGCAGUGAAAGAUUAUUUUGUGCUUUCUUUCAUUUAUGUAAGCCAGCUCUGGAACGAAGCGAGCCUUUUUCAGGUUCUGGUCAUGUACUGUGGAUUGACAAUAGAGAGCCAUUACAGAUUGUUCGGGGCCUUUUGUGGCUGUUUGGAUGGCCACUGCAGGAUACAGAGAUGUGAAGCACACUGGACCACAGACGCACGGCUCCUCCAGAAUUAAAUACUGUUUUAGCUGUCCUGCCAACAAACCUCUUUAAACAAAGCUCCAGUGCUGGGCUGUAAACUACAAUGCCUGCUGGUUUUCCAUCAGAGGGCUGUAACACUAAGGUUGUAGAAGGAAUGAGUUGAAUUUACUCAUGAAUCAGACUGAACCAAAUUAUAGCAAGCAGGUGUAGUUGAGUCUUCUGGGAAAUAUGUGGGCUGGGGUGGGGGAGGGUAUAUAAUUCAGUUCCUGGUGGGCCUGAAACCAAGAUUUUACAGAGCCAGACAGCUGGACUGUUGGCUGAGAGAAAAGCCAGGUGAAGAUGGAAGUUUUAAUAGUUAACUUGUUAAAUGGUCCACACUGAUAUCCUGGUCCUUAACCCGUAACGGCAUCAACAUCUUGUAGCUCUCCGGAGGCGGUUUCUAACUGCCGAACAAACUUUGAGGGAGAGUUGGGGGGAAGACUUUUUAUGUACAGAGAUAUAAUCCAGUGCCUCAAAUCCCAUCAAACUAUGGGAAUAUUUUUCAUAGUUGACAAAAAGAUAUUUUGUUGAAGGUAAAGAGAGAGAUAGUUUUGCAGAAGGUGUAAGAAAAAUAACGACCCACACAGAUUCUAACACCAGAGGUAUUUUAUUACACUGAGGCCCUUGUACUGUUUUUUAAUGCAAAUGUUAAUAUAUUUUUCUCCAGCAUAUAUAAUGUAUGUGAGAAUGCUUGAGCGUAUGUGUGCGUGCAUGUUUGUGUGAUUGUGUGCGUGUGGAUUGGACUGCGUGGGUGCCCUCGGGCCGUUAAAAUCACCCUGCAUCGCUUCACCCCGAUCCCCAAAACGCUACCAGAGAGAACGCAGGAUUUAACACAAGGUCGCAGGGGCUUGACAAUGAAUGUACUGAAAUGCAUUGACCCUUCUCGCUGGUGGUGCUUUGAUUAUACAACUUGCUUUCAAGGUGUGAUCGAAGCCUGCUUUCAGUUAAAUAAAUCGCCGGAGCCGUACAACCAUA